UAUAAUUAAUUUCGGCAUUAACCGAAAUAUUAAGCCAUUAGUGAGUCAAAUUCAUUUAAAUUCGGCCAAAGUUGCAAGCUUGUUUCCAGCUCAAUCCAAAUCAUUUUAAGUUCGUCCUGACCGACCCGGAGGGUGAUCUCUCGUACGCCAAUGAUAUUUUCAAAAGAGUGAGAGUUUCACGAGCCAAGAUUGUCCUAAUUCUCACUCGAAAACCCCUUCCGAUUUUUAUAACGUAUCUUCUAAACUCGUAUGCAAAAAUAAAGUGUUUCAACGUCAUCGUGGUGUACGAAUCGGACGGAAAAAUUGAAGUGAUGACCCACAAUCCAUUUUUGCCUACAUUCGACAAAAUUGUUAACUUGACUAACUCGCCUUUGCCUUUCUUCUACGACAAGACGAGAGAUCUGCACGGGAGCACAAUUAAUUGUUUAUUUACUUUCCAUGACAGGACGAAAAUAAAAAAAGUGAGGAGGAGCGGAAAAGUGGAUUUUGAGGGAAAGGAUUAUAACGCAAUUGCCACAAUUGUGGCACACUUAAACGGGAAACUGCAAAUUGAAACGAUGGACAAUGCGUUUAUAAAUCCCUGGUUUGAGGCAAUCAAUUGGCCUGAUAGGGCAAGUCGAAAAAUCAAAAUUUUGGAGAAGCGGGACAUUUCGAUUUUGAUCAAAUCGGAGCAGUUUACUGUCGAUGACCAAAUUGUGGAGAAUUUAUAUCCCCACACUCAGAACGACUUGAGUAUUUUGGUUCCGAAAGCUUCGGAAAUACCGGUGGGUGAAUUAAUGGCGGCAAUUUACAAGCCCUCCACUUGGGCCCUUAAUGUGACAAUUUCGUUAAUUGUUUUUCUCUUAGUUGUGACUGUUAGAAAAUUAUGCAAACAACGUAUUAUCAUCAAAGACGUCUUUUUCGAAGUGUGGUCUGUCUUGGUAAUAAACCAUGUAAUCCACUUUCCACGGCACAGUUUGGAACGCUUGUUAAUUUUCGGGUGGAUAUUGUCCUGUUUUGUUGUAAACAUGUUCCUGCAAACUAAAAUAACCAGCUUUCUGGCCAUCAGACUGAAUCACCCUGACAUAAACACCAUCGAACAAUUGUUUGAAUCAGGACUUCCACUCUACUCGCUCCCAAACUACGCCGAAGAAGUCCAAAAGAAAUACAACGGAACGCAGUACGAAAAGUUCACUCUUGCAUUACUACCUCUGGCCAGUAAUGAAGGCUUGAUGGACCAAAUGACUUACAAAGCCGAUGUUUCACAACUCCCUGCAUUUAUAAUCGAACACGAUAUCGCACUUUUCGUCUCUAGAUGCAAAAAUCUGAGGAGAAAUGGGGCGCAAAUGUACCAUUUGGUCAAAGAGAGUAUCAUCCCGAAUUACCAAUCGUACAAAGUCAUUUAUAAUUCUCCUCUUUUGCCCGUAUUGAAUAAAAAAUUGAGGAGGUUGGGCGAAGGUGGUUUCAUUGAACUGUGGGCUAAAAGGUCCAUUCAUAAUGCAACACUUGAGGGGUUUUUGUCACCGGAAGGUGUUGCGGACGCUGACGCAGUCAAACCUUUGACUCUAGACAUGACUUUAUUCUUGUUUUAUGGGCUACUUUUGGGUCUUUUGUUCGCAACAAUGGCGUUUCUGGCUGAGGUUUUUGUUUACGAAGUAACCAAACCCAAGCAGUUUAUAUUUUUACAUUAAUUGUAGGUACGGUGUUUUUUGCAUUGCCAAUUAGACACAUUUUUUUGAAUUUUUAAUAAUCUAGUAUUUAACGUAAACCAGUAGGAUACAAACUGCAAUGUUAUGUUUUUCUAAAUGAUUUAAUGAAUUAUGUUGUUUUUUGGAAAAAAAUAUUCAAGUUGAAGCAGUGUCACAGAAUAAUUAUAAGAAUAUAAGUAGGUAAAGUACAUUAUGUGUUAAAAAAGAAUUUUUUUUUAGAUACUGACCCCUGCCUCACCUAAA